GGGAAGUGUCAUACUCCAUUUUCACCUGGACGAGCAGAAGGAAGGAAAGUGAGCAGCAGUGGUUAUCAACCAGUCGAGAGUCUUCACUGUGGAUCCCAGUAAAGCUCUGGACUCACAGGCUGAGGUGUGAGGAACAUCGACCUGCAGAGCCAGGACACACAGAGCAGUGAACGACCAUGUACGGCGCUCGGGAGCAGAUGUUGGGGGAGUAAGGUGCCUUGCUCAGGGGCACUAGACAGGAUAAACAUUAAAACUGGUGUGAAAGGGCAUUUCACUGUGUCCUGCUGUAAACUGAGUGCAGAACCAGAAGGAAAUAGACCAGACCUUGAAUAUCUAGAAGAGCAGCGUGGCCUGAACCACAACUGAGCCGCAGCCGGUGCAACAUGGACGAGGACAUUUCAGAGCAAGUUGGACCCUCACACACAAAAGGUCAGGACCACAGACUGAGAGCAGAGUCUCCAGGGUCCAGCUGUCUGUCUCUGAAGAGUGACUUUUCCAAAGAACUUACUCAAGACUUCAGUAAUGAACCUGGACCCUCACACACAGAGGAGAGGAAGAGGAGUCAUGUUUCUGAGGAGGAGCAGUCGUCCUGCUGUGCUUCGUGUCAGGACGUCCUGAAGGAUCCAGUCUCCACCAGCUGUGGACACUGGUUCUGCAGACAGUGCAUCACCUCAUACUGGGACCAGUCUGGUUCUUCAGGAGACUCCUCCUGUCCCCAGUGUGGACAAAGAUCCAGAAGAGGAGCUGGAGCAGAUCGUGGUCUGCAGGAGGUUUCAGAUGAACAUAAGCUCAGUCUGAGGAGGAGAUGUGAACAUGUGACUGAAGGAAGUGAUGAAACAGGAAGUAGAACCCUCCUCAACAGGAUCUACACUGAGCUUUUCAUCACAGCGGGACAGAGUGAAGAGGUUAAUACUCAACAUGAGGUGAGGCAGCUUGAGACGGCUUCCAAGAAGAAGAUCCUCCAGGACACUCCCAUCAAGGUCCACGACAUCUUUAAAGCCUCCACUGACCAGCAGAGCAGCAUCAGAGUCGUCCUGACCAAUGGCGUCGCUGGCGUUGGAAAAACCUUCUCGGUGCAGAAGUUCACUCUGGACUGGGCAGAGGGUUUAGAGAACCAGGAUGUGGGUCUGCUGGCUGUGCUUUCGUUCAGGGAGCUGAACCUGGUGAAGGACCAGCAGCACAGUCUUCUCACGCUGCUCCAUGUUUUCCAUCCAGCGUUACAGAAGCUCACGGCAGAGACGCUCGCUGUCUGUAAACCUUUGUUCAUCUUUGACGGCCUGGAUGAAAGCAGACCUUCUCUGGACUUCAACCACAGGGAGCUUGUGUCUGAGGUCACACAGAGGUCAUCAGUCAACGUGCUGCUGACAAACCUCAUCCGGGGGAAUCUGCUUCCCUCGGCUCUCGUCUGGAUAACCUCCAGACCUGCGGCGGCCAAUCAGAUCCCUCCUUCAUGUGUUGACAGGGUCACAGAAGUACGAGGCUUCACUGAGGCCCAGAAGGAGGAGUACUUCAGGAGGAGAUUCAGUGAUGAAGAGCUCUGCAGCAGAAUCAUCUCACACAUCAAGACGUCCAGGAGCCUCCACAUCAUGUGUCAAAUCCCAGUCUUCUGCUGGAUCAGUGCUACAGUUCUGGAGCACAUGUUGACCACAGACCAGAGAGUAGAGCUGCCCAAGACCCUGACUGACCUGUACUCACACUUCCUGCUGGUUCAGACAAAGAGGAAGAACAACAAGUACGGUGAGGGACAUGAGACGACUCCACAGCAGCUGAAGGAGGCUGACAAGGACGUUCUCCUGAAGUUGGGGAAGCUGGCGCUCAAACAUCUUAGGAAAGGAAACAUCAUGUUCUACCAAGAAGACCUGGAGCAGUGUGGUCUUAAUGUCCCAGAGGCCUCGGUGUACUCAGGAGUUUGUACUGAGAUCUUCAGAAGAGAAUGUGUGAUCUUCCAGAAAUCAGUCUACUGCUUUGUUCAUCUGAGCGUUCAGGAGUUUCUGGCUGCAGUCUACAUGUUCCACUUUUACACACACACAGAAGAACUCAACAACUUCUGGGGAACAGAUGGGGACACAGAGAGUACCUCCUCCCUGGAUGACCUCCUGAAGAGAACCAUGGAGAAAUCCCUCACCAGUACAAAUGGUCAUCUGGACCUGUUUGUUCGCUUCCUUCACGGCCUCAGUCUGAAGUCCAACCAGAGAGUCUUAGGAGGCCUGCUGGGUCGGACAGAGAACAAUCCAGAGAUCCUCCAGAGAGUCAUCAACAACCUGAAGGAGAUGCAGAGUGAUGACAUUUCUCCUGACAGAAGCAUCAACAUCUUCCACUGUCUGACUGAGAUGAACGACCACUCAGUUCAUCAGCAGAUGCAACAGUUCCUGACUUCAGAGAACAAAUCAAAGGAGAAACUCUCUGUGAUCCACUGCUCAGCUCUGGCCUACAUGCUGCAGAUUUCAGAGGAGGUUCUGGAUGAGUUGGACCUGAAGAAGUUCAACACAUCAGACCAGGGUCGACGGAGACUGAUCCCAGCUGUGAGGAACUGCAGGAAGGCUCGACUCGGUGGGUGUUUCCUCUCAGAGACUCAUUAUGAAGUCGUGGCCUCAGCUCUGAAGUCAGACCCCUCACAUCUGAGAGAACUGGAUCUGAGCUUCAACAAGCUGCAGGAUUCAGGAGUGAAGCUGCUGUGUUCUGGACUGGAGAGUCCAAACUGUCGACUGGAGACUCUGAGGUUGUGGAACUGCAGUCUGUCUGAGAUCAGCUGUUCUUCUCUGGCUUCAGCUCUGAGGUCAAACCCCUCUCAUCUGAGACAACUGGAUCUGACUGACAACAACCUGCAGGACUCAGGAGUGAAGGAGCUGUGUGGUUUUCUACAGAGUCCAACCUGUCGACUGGAGUCACUGUGGUUGUUUCACUGCAGACUGUCAGAGAUCAGCUGUUCUUCUCUGGCUUCAGCUCUGAGGUCAAAUCCCUCUUAUCUGAGAAAACUGGAUCUGACUAACAACAACGUGCAAGACUCAGGAGUGAAGGAGCUGUGUGAUUUUCUACAGAGUCCAACCUGUCAACUGGAGUAUCUGAGGAUGGAGGACUGCAGUCUGUCAGAGAUCAGCUGUUCUUCUCUGGCUUCAGCUCUGAAGUCAAACCCCUCUCUUCUGAGAGAACUGAAUCUGAGAAACAAUGACCUGCCGGACUCAGGAGUGAAGGAGCUGCUUGAUCUACAGCAGAGUCCAACCUGUCGACUGGAGACUCUGAGCUGGGGGGCAUCUUGGCGAAGCUGAGUGUGAAGAGGACAGUGUGUGUGGACGGAGGCUGAGCUGUGUCCUGAGGAUCCAGAGGAUGAAGCAGCAGCAGCUUGUGUGUAGUCUCCAAUCUACACAACCCCUAAUCUGCAUGUGUUUGUGAGAUGAAGCCGGAGCACCUGGAGAAAACACGGGGAGAACAUGCAGACUCCACACAGGAAGAACCCAUCUGGAUCAGAUUCAAACCUGUCGAGAAGGCUGGGAUAUGUGAUUUUGUAAUACCUUAUAUUGUGAUAUAUGAUGUUGCGAUAUAUGAUGAUGAUGGCUUUACCUGGGCCAUAUGAUUGGCCCUAUUGUAUUUCGAAGGAUUUGUAUUUCCCUUUUAGGGCUUUCUCAGGGACUAGUUUUAAUUAUUUCUAUAAAUGAUACAUUGUGAUAUUAACCAGCUAAAGAUGUAACAUCCUUUUUCCUGAUGCUGCUGGUGAGUUAAAUAGAGAAAUACUGUCCUCACCUGGAGACAUUGUGGUAUUGCACGGUACCACGGUUCCCAUGGCAAAGGCAGGAAAAUAGUAAAACACAUAAUCUAAACAGCUAAAUCUGGUCCUCCAUUAAAUAUAAUUAAAAGUAAUUGCCCAACAUGAGAGAUAAAGUUUUAUUUUCCAUUAAACCUAUGCUAACAACUAAAUGCUACUGGUUAAAUUACUUUACCAGUGCUGCUAUAUUAUACACCAGUUUGCCAGUAGUGAAUUGCUAAGCACUUUGUCUCACUCAAUGUGGCUGGGUGAUGCAGGUAUUUUAAUAGAUAAACCUUUUGUUAUAAAGGUCACAUUGCUAUCUGAGUGCUCAGCUGCUAUGCUGAAACCCCUGUGUUUGUGUUUGUCUGUCACUAAGAUGAUAAACAGGGGACAAAAGGAACACAACUUCAUUGUUGAAUCUUUUUUUAUUGUUUAACUGAAAAUAAAUUGGAAACAAUCUGAUUAAAAAUGGUGGACUAUA